AUGGUAGGAACAACCAGCCCCGGGGGCCCUGACAGGAUACGCCAAGGCCCUAGUCUCUCCUGUAGCCCCGGGAGCCUUGCUUCCCAUAGCCUCCCCUUCACCCUCUCUAGCUGGAGGUUGCGGGAGCUCUGCACCAGGACAAGCCUGCCAAAGCCCUUUGCUGGCACUCUGCACCUGGAAAUUCUAGCCCCACGCAGAUCCCUGCGGGCACAAGCAGUGGCAGCUGGAGAGAAGGGAAACAGAAGGAGGUGGUUUUCCGGCUGGCAGGUACAAGAGGCCACCCCGGAGCUGCUGUCCCCAGAAGAGAGGAGGGUCUUGGAAAGGAAACUGAAGAAAGAACGGAAAAAGGAAGAGAAGAAGCGGCUACGGGAGGCGGGCAUUGCUGCGGCUCCGGCGGCCAAAGUCCAGACCCUGCCAACCAAGCCCUCAGCUGCCGCUCUGGCCCUGGAGUACCUCCAAGGGUGGGCCCAGAAGCAGGAGAGCUGGAGAUUCCAGAAGACGAGGCAGACGUGGCUCUUGCUUAAUAUGUACGAGGAGGACAAGGUCCCUGAUGAGCACUUUUCUACCCUGCUGGACUACCUCGAGGGGCUGAAGGGCAGUGCCCGAGAGCUCACGGUUCAGAAGGCUGAGGCCCUCAUGCAGGAGUUGGACAAGGCUGACACCGAGGCCAGAGACGCCACCCAGGGAAAGACGAACCGCCUCCGGCAGGUGCUGCAACUACUGUCCUAGUGGUUGAGGCAACCCUGGGUCCCGAGAGCACACUGGCUACCUCCUCCUGUGGCUGUGGGAGCAAGCAUGUCUUCUGGCC